AUGGGAAACCUUUUCUGCUGCGUGCUGGUGAAGCAAUCAGAUGUGGCGAUCAAGGAGAGAUUUGGCAAAUUUGAGAAAGUUCUCAAUCCUGGUCUCCAGUUUGUUCCCUGGAUCAUCGGUGAUUACGUCGCCGGUCACCUCACUCUCCGUCUCCAGCAACUCGAUGUUCAAUGCGAAACCAAAACAAAGGACAAUGUGUUUGUGACAGUAGUUGCAUCCAUACAAUACAGAGUCUUAGUUGACAAGGCAAGUGAUGCUUUUUACAGACUUAGCAAUCCAACGACUCAAAUCAAAGCCUACGUCUUUGAUGUGAUCAGAGCAUGUGUUCCAAAGCUGAACUUGGACGAUGUCUUCGAGCAGAAGAAUGAAAUCGCCAAAUCCGUGGAAGAAGAGCUAGACAAAGCCAUGACCGCUUAUGGUUAUGAGAUCCUUCAAACCCUAAUCAUCGACAUCGAGCCUGAUCAACAGGUUAAGCGCGCCAUGAACGAGAUCAACGCCGCGGCGAGGAUGAGAGUGGCAGCGAACGAAAAAGCAGAGGCGGAGAAGAUAAUUCAGAUCAAGAGAGCAGAAGGAGAAGCCGAGUCGAAAUACCUGUCGGGACUCGGAAUCGCUCGGCAGAGACAAGCGAUCGUGGACGGUCUGAGAGACAGCGUUCUCGGGUUCGCCGGAAACGUGCCAGGGACGUCGGCGAAGGAUGUGUUGGACAUGGUGAUGAUGACUCAAUACUUUGACACAAUGAGAGAUAUCGGAGCUCACUCCAAAUCAUCGGCGGUGUUUAUCCCUCACGGUCCCGGCGCCGUCUCUGACGUGGCGACGCAGAUUCGCAAUGGAUUGUUACAGGCCAACCAGACCCAUCACGACUAA